CGUGUUUUUGAACUGUAAUGAUUUCAUUAAUGAUUGUAGUACAACAUAAUCCUUGCUACAUAACCGAGGCGACGGAGACAGAUUUGCAUGCUAAAUGCAACGUUAGCUUUGAAUAAAUCCAAUAAAUAAUGUGCUGUUUUGUAGCUAGCUAAUGUUAUACGCAAAUAUUUAUGCAUUUUCAACAUGCUUCCGUUCUGUAUGUGAACAUUUACAGCCCACGGAGUUAACUUGCUAGCUAAGCUAACUAGCUAGUCAACUGUCCAGCUAGCUAGUUACCUAAUGUAAUACCUGUGCCUUAUCUCAAGCUAGCUAACGUUAGCUGUGUAGCUAGCAACAGUAAAGCUAGCGAACAACAAAGAAAACACAUCAAGAUGUCCUUCAACAAAUCUAACGUUAUGUAGCCCAUUUUGUUAAUUACAAGAAAUAUUGUCCAAAUCAAAUGUUUUGGUCACAUUCAAAUAUUUAGCAGAUGUUAUUGCGGGUGUAGCGAAAUGUUUGUACUCCAACUGAAUGAUAUCUUGAUGAUGUACCCGCCUCAGCUGAAUCAUUAAAUUUGGCUACAAUCCUGAGGGACAAGAACCGGAAAACACAUGAACGCUCGUGUUCCACAUGUCCGCUGAAAUGGAAGGACUGUGACUAACUGACCAUGGAGUACACCACCGCCACCACCUCAACAGGGGAGCAGAUAGUCGUGCAGACGUCCAACGGACAGAUCCAACAACAGGUCCAAGGCCAGCCCCUGGUGGUGCAGGUGAGCGGAGGGCAGCUGAUCACAUCGUCAGGGCAACCCAUCAUGGUGCAGGCUAUGGGGGGGGGACAGGGACAGACCAUCAUGCAGGUGCCUGUGUCUGGAGGACAGGGACUACAACAGAUCCAGCUACAGGGUGGACAGCAGAUCCAGCUGCAGAACGGUCAGACGAUCCAUCUAGGGGGACAGCAGAUCCAGCUGCAGAACGGCCAGAUGUUACAACUAGGGGGACAGCAGGGUCAACCCCAACAGAUCAUCAUCCAACAGCCACAACAAACCAUCACAGCCGGACAGAACCAGGGCCAGCAGAUUCAGUUGCAGCAGGGCCAGCAGAUCCAGUUGCAGCAGGGCCAGCAGAUUCAGUUGCAGCAGGGCCAGCAGCUUGCGCAGACAGCUGAUGGACAGACCAUCGUCUACCAGCCAGUCAACGCAGAUGGCACCGUCCUGCAACAGGGAAUGAUCACCAUCCCAGCAGGCAGCCUGGCGGGGGCCCAAAUGGUACAGACAGGGGGUGCCAACACCACCACUACCAACAGUGGACAGCAGGGCACUGUGACCGUCACCCUGCCAGUCUCAGGCAACAUGAUGAACGCUGGUGGCAUGGUCAUGAUGAUGCCUAGCGGGGGUGCGGUUCCUGCUAUGCAGCGUAUCCCUCUACCUGGGGCUGAGAUGUUAGAGGAGGAACCGCUGUACGUCAACGCUAAACAGUACCAUCGCAUCCUGAAGAGAAGACAGGCCCGCGCCAAGCUGGAGGCAGAGGGCAAGAUCCCCAAGGAGAGGAGGAAAUAUCUGCAUGAGUCCCGUCACCGCCACGCCAUGCAGCGCAAGAGGGGAGACGGAGGACGCUUCUUCUCUCCCAAGGAGAGGGAGGAGAUGGCCCUGGCCCUGGCCCAGCAACAGGCAGAGCUGGCCGCCCAGGCAGGAGAAGACUCUGUAGCCCAGAUGGUCCGUGUUUCGUAGCAUUCUACACCCCGACAAUGUCUUCCUCCGUAUAUACACCUCUCGCUAAGCUUGGCCGAUAUACCGUAUACCGGGGUAUUUACAAAUACCGACAGUAUGAUUUUCAAUACCGUUUAAAAAAAGAAAAUCCUAAUAUUUUUGUUCGGGGGUGCGUGCUACACCACUGCUUAGAAAUCUAAAAUGUGUCAUAAAAAGGAUAUCCUGUACAGGGCUCCAGCUAUGCAUUUGGUUUGUUGCUAACUUGCUCGCUAAGUGGCUAGAUGUCAAGAUCAAGCUUCUUGGUUACUGCAAAGAGAGUCAAUCUCAUCCUGGAUCAAGAACCCUCAACCCUCUUGCCUAAAUUGUUUAGUUUAUUGUGUAAUAUUAUAUAUAUAUAUAUAUAUAUAUAUAUAUAUAUAUAUAUAAUUUUAAUAGCUCCCCUUAUGUGCAUUUCCAGUAAUACCCGGUAUGGUACAGAAACAGUGUGACAUUAUGAAAAUCUUGAUACUGCCCAACCUUACCCCUCGCCCAUAUAAGGCUCUGCCUGUAUUCUAUGACUGGGAUUUCUCCAUGAUGGGUCACUAUGAAUGAACUUUAACCCUUGACCUUUUACUGGAACUGUUGUGCUGUGUUCUGGAAACCAAUACUAUGGUUACAACUAUGAGAUGUUUUACCUUCAUAAAACCCUGGUCGAUGUCUUCAUGUUUGCUGAAGCAGUCAUAACUGAAGGUAGUUAGUAGCAGAAUACAUUUCGUUGGUCUUACAGGAGCUUAUUUUUUUUGGUGUAUUUUACUGAAGCAAAGACUGACAGCUGAAUUUGUAAACAGAGUCAAAAUGAUGGUCGUUAUUUUGUAUGUAUGUAUCUUGUUUGUUGAAACAUGUAACAUUAUAGAAGCCUUGGUCCAUAGGAAUUCUCAACUCCGAUAUUGACAUACUAAAUGAAAAUGGAUAUUUGUUAGAAUGUUUUUGGAAGCACUUCUCAUAGAAAAACAGAGAGGAGAAUUGAAAUUUCAGUUUACUUCCUGAAUUGAAAUGGAAUUGACCCCAACACUACUUUUUAGAAGGGUUUUCAAUAUCCAGUCCCCAGUUGUUUGUACAGGGAAUGUGUUUUAUACAACCUUCUCCAUGAUAAAAACUAGAUGUUUGUUGUGAGAUAGACAGCACAUGUAUGUUGCAUUGAUGUCUGACUACCCAUGUACUUUGUCUGUUUAACUCUACGGGGAUCUUUAUUUGAGGACCAUACAUUUCUUUUUUGUGGUUUACAACCAUUGUUUGACUGAACUCUUGUGUAACAAUCUGUUAAUUAAAUUGUAUUAGGUUCACUUUG